CCAGACCAAAGCGGAUUAGACCGGAAUCUGUGUCGUUCAGUCCAGUGUUUUGAAACCAACGAAAUGAUCAGGUGGAAAUUAAAUCGAAAUUAAAAAGUAUUCCGUUUUUUAGCGCCGUUCUUCUGAAUCAUGUUACACGGCUGUUGAAAAUAUUAAUUUCGAGAUUUUUUAAAGUUGAUUUAAGUUGUAAACAAUGGAAGCUCUGUGGACAAAAAUCGAAGACCCUCUUUCAUUGAUGAGCUUCAUGGUUCCACACUUGAGGUUACUGUCUGCAGCCAUGUGGCAGGUGACAGAACAGAGACAGGUGAAGCACUAUGGGGUGCUGGAGGAGUUUGUAAUCAUGGUGACAAAGACUGUGCCAGAGCUUCUAAAUGACCAUCAAACAGCCCAGCUUAUACUUGGCUUACGAGCAAGGCGUCUUCUGGAGCUGUGUCGUGGUCAACAUCAUGUUGACCUGGAAGAAAUUCAGCCUCACAUGGAUCGAAUCCGUGCUCCUCGAGUCAACAGUGCACUCAGUGAGGUUGUUGAUGAAGACAUGGGGGAAUCUGAGGCCUGUUUUUUGGACCUCAUUCGGACCCUUAUCAGCAACCCUGAAAAGAGGGAGCAUUUCUUCCAGAACAUUUUCCCAGAAGAAUACGGACCCAAGUUUGACAAAAACCUACAGACACUUAUGGAAGUCUUCCUUCUGCAGCUAGACCAGAUGAUUUCAGUCCCAGACCUUUCACAGACAGUCUCUUGGCUCAGGGCCUGUCCGUCUCUUCUGGAGGAAUGCAUUCAUUCAGUUUCUGUCCCAAAGCAAAUGAAGACCCUGCUUGAACACCACAGAGCUAAUGGAAAUCUUCAGGACACUGAGUCUCUUCACUCUGCUCAUAACAGCUGUACAUUUUCAUCUCAAUCUCUCCCUCCACUGGUUCGGGUCGUCAUAUCCAGCGAUCACACAGAAUCUGGUGACCCGUCUGAACCAGGAGCCGAUUUAGAUGGUCAAGACAAAGAUGAUUGCCGCACUGAUCCAGAUACAUCCAGCUGCACGGCUAAAAAGAGAAAAUUCAAAAUGGAGACCGAGGAGAGAGAAGAUGAAGAGGAUGACGAUGACGAUGAUCAAAACUGGCCAAUCACGGCUGCCCAAUCUAGAGGAAAGAGGAACAGUUAUGAUGAUAGCUCUAUUGGUGAAGGGCUGAAUCAGACGCACACCAAAAAAAACUCCAAAAAAUCCUCUAAAAGGAAAAGAGAAGACACCGCAGAAGUGUCCAGAGAGUUCACAUUUAUCAAUCAUUUGGGGGCAUACACAGAAGAGUCUUCAUACCAGACCUCUGAUGCUUCAAAAGUUCCUUGGUCAGAGGAAGAAACGUUCGGCCUCAUUGACAUAUGGGGAAAAGACAGCGUCCAGCGGAGUCUGAAAGACUGUGCCCGCAACCGACACAUUUUCAACCUCAUCUCUAAGAAGAUGUUCGAGAGAGGGUUUACCAGAACAGCAGAGCAGUGUCACACCAGGAUAAAGCGCUUGAAAAUGAGCUUUCGACAAUGCCAUGAAAACAUUGUGAGAGGAGAAAAACCGGAAUGGAAGUUCUAUAAUGUUCUGGAGAAAAUUCUCUGCCGUAAAGACUCUACAGAACAGGAAGACGGUAUUAAUGAUGUCAGCAUUCCAGAAGAGUCCCCAGGACAGCAGGCAGAAGACGACACUGAUUGGGAUGUUCUUGGUCAUGUUGGACUAGAGGGCACCAGGAAUAUCCCAUGGACAGACCUAGAGACGCAAACCCUCAUCAGGAUCUGGGGAGAAGACAAAACCCAGCGAGAGCUGAGAGGGGUUCUCCAGAACGGACACAUCUUCGCCAUGAUCUCAAAAAAGAUGGCCGCUCACGGUUAUGUUCGAACAGCAGAGCAAUGUCAGAGUAGAGUGAAAAGACUGAAGCUGUGCUUCAAACAGUCUUACGAGAGUAAACACACUGAGGGCAAAGAGCAAGUUGACUUUAAAUUCUAUAAACAGAUGGAGAGAAUUAUGGCUAAUGAAGAAUCAUGCUCAUCACAGAUCAAAGAGGAGGAGUCAACAGACAUCGAAUACCAGGUGUACAAGUACCAGGAAAUAGAAACCGCAAUGAACUGCAUGGAUGAUAGAAAGAAGGUCGCCUGGUCCGAUGCUGAGACGCUGAUUCUCCUCCAGUUAUGGGGCAAUGAACAGGUCCAGAGGAACCUUCAGCUUUGCCCUCACAACGGCCACAUCUACUUAGAGAUCUCUGAGAAGCUGAAUGCUCACGGAUACCUGCGCUCCGCUGAGCAAUGCCAUACCAGAAUCAAACGACUCAAAAUCAGCUACAGGCAGUGCAGGGACAGCAUCAGUUCACCUGAAGCUGAACGCAUAGAAUUUAAGUUCUAUGAUCUGAUGGAAGACAUUUUUCAAAAGAAUGCUUCAUCCAGAGUGUCAGGAGAUAAUGAAUCCAACAAUGGCAUCAAAUCAGACUCCCAGGACACCUGCAGUAGGGAGGACCAGACAGCAUCCUGGUCAGACUCUGAAACUGUAGCUCUAAUAGACAUUUGGGCAGAAGAUGAGGUGCAGGAAGCCCUGAGAGGAUCCGUCCAUAAUGGCCAUGUGUUUGCUGAUAUAGCAGAGAAACUGAACAGUCAGGGAUUUUUCAAAUCACCAGAGCAAUGCAGAUGGAAGAUCAAAAACCUGACAAAGAAUUUCCGACAGUUUUACGAAAGGAAAAAAUGUGGCAUAGAGAAUGUAGAUUGUAAAUACUAUGAUAAACUGGAGCAGGUUCUGGGUGAUGAGGCCUUUUCCAUGGAUGUCUUUGAUGAAGAUGAUCAGGAUGCAGAAUACCAGCAGGCAGCCAUGGUAGCCGUAUCUGAAUCAGGCAGAAAGAUGACCUGGUCAGACCGGGAAACUCAGGCCCUGCUGGACAUCUGGGGUGAUGACCGUGUGCAGCACAGCCUCAUGUCCUGCCCCAAAAACAGGCACAUAUACAGAUAUAUUUCAAAGAGAAUGAUGGCACUGGGUUUCAACAGAACGGGCGUCCAAUGUCACUCGCGUAUAAAAAGACUCAAGUCCCAGUUUUACUACGAUGGCAGGGAGGAGUGUAAAUUCUAUGAUCAACUGGAGCAGAUUAUUUUAAAGGAUAGAACAUCUGAUGACCAGGACAUCAGUGAGCUGGAAUCCAUAACUGAUUCUGAUUCAGACUCCCUAGCUCUCUCCAAACCGCCAACUGUGGACGGGCCGAAGCUGGCAUGGGGUGACAGUGAGACACACACACUUAUAUCCAUCUGGGGGAGUGACCCCAUUCAGGAGAGGCUAAAAGGCUGCGUCAAACGCAAACCUGUUUUCCAGCAGAUCGCGCUGGUCAUGGCCGAGAAGGGCUACAGCAGGACAGAUGAACAGUGUCGCUCCAGGAUUAAAAGACUGAAGGCCAGUUACCGCCAGUGUCUUGAUAAUUACAGAAACCAAGGGGAGCAUGUGGAGUGGAAGUUCUUCAAGCAGCUAAAUAAAAUAUUUGAAAAGUACCCUCUAGAUGAGACUGAAACCACCACGGCUCAGGAGCCAGAGGCAGUUGGGAGAAAAAACCCCAGCAGGUCUGCAAAAGCACAGAGCUCAGUCUGACUACGCUACACUAAUGCCCCUGAAUCACCUCUGGAGGGGAGCGAGACUCAUUCUCCUGGAUAUCUGGGCUUAGGAAUAUAAAUCAGAUCUGAGGUAUUUUCUGUCAUGUGGACUGUGAAGGAUGGAUUAAGGACAUACACACAAACCUUUAAUCGUCUGAAAUCCAAGCAAGAACUUGCCAAAAAAAAAAUCUUCCCCUGUCAAGCAACAGAAAUACAGGACCUUAGCUGGUUCUCUCUGCAUCAAAAAGCAGCGCACUGGCACUGCAUUAAUAUUUAUGUACAUCUGAAAGACAUUUGCCUAAUGGUGCUGUUGUCAUGUGGUCUCAGUUGAUCACACAUUUUCACAGGGUAAAAUUUAGCGCUGAAAUGUAGUUUGUCUCAGCUGCUUGGCAGCUUCCUGUGUGUGACUGGGAUGGCAGUAUUGAGGGUAUGCACAUGACAUCACCAUCGGCCAGAGUGACUGCGGUUACGCCCACUGAGUGGCAGCAUUGGCUUUCGGUGUGUGAAAAAACAACACAUUCAAAACGGGAAAGAGCUUUGCGAUUGACGGUACAAAUAGAGUUGACAAGAAAUCUGAGGUACAUUAUCAUUUUGAACUUUGAAAUCAGGAACAUAUAAAUGUCUGGAAACACAAUUCCUGGCUGGAUGUUAAUAUCCAUGGAUUACUGGAUCUUUGGUUGUAACAGGAACACUAUCAAGUCCAACCUUUAGUUUAAUCGUUUGUUUUUCUUGCGUUUUCGCAGUUUCCUCUAUUAAAUCCAGUCAUGCAGCAGGCUCUUUUGCCACUCAGUCUGGCUGAGGGGCCGUGUUCCAGCAGGAAAGUGACGUCAAUUCAUACCCUCUAGAGGAUUUGCAUGGGAAGAUGCGAACUGCAUCCUGAAGUCACAGGUCUAUUACUGAACAAUUAACAGUAAGUAGUAACUGGAAUUAGAAAAACCAAGUAUGAAUUUGUAGCAAAACUCUUUCAUUGUAACAAAUAGACCUUGUCUGAAGUAUUUUAGAACAUAAUGAAAUAACUGUAGGGAAUUCUUCCUGGUGCAGACUGAUUUCUCAACCGAGUGCAUAAUCUUUCCAAAUAAGAAACUUCCAGUUAAUGGAUUUAUAUUGUAUAUUUGUAUCAUAAAAAGAAUCAAAUUUGUGCUACAUGAAAAAAAAAAAAAACACUGAAAAUAAUUUGCAUUUUGUACAAAAGCAUUAGCUUUUAAAGUAUAUUUGCUAGAUUUAACAAAUUUUAAUAUAUAUAUAUAUUAUACAAAUGUAAGUUACUGUUACACAGGAUGCCAAAGGUCAUUGCCGAAAUCUCAAUCACAAUUUAAGAGUGUACCCAAUGUGUAUUAGCAUUAGCCAAAUUAAAGGGUUAAAUGAAAAUUCUGUCAUCAUUUACUCACCCACAUAUCGUUCCAAACCUGUAAGACUUUUGAUCAUCUUCGAAACACAAAUGAAAAUUUGAGAUUUCUGUCCCUGCUUCAAAAAGUUCACCAGUAAAUAAAAGUCUACAUUAAAUCUGUUCAUUAUAUAAAGCGAUCAAGUCUCUUAGGAAAAUUUGGACUAAACCGCUGGAUUCAUAUGGAUUAGUGUUACGAUCUCUUUAUGAACUUUUUGAAGCGCUAAAAUGGUAGUUGUAUAGACUGUCAAUGGAGGGACAGUCAGAUCUCUCAGAUGUCAUUAAAAUAUAUUCAUUUCUGUUUCACAGAUGAAAAGUCUCAUGGGUAAAUAAUUGAUGACAGAUUUUUUUCAUUUUUGAGUAAACAAACCCUUUAAAGGAUGUUUGUGUACAAAAACACAUUGCAUUGCUCAGUGAUGGUGGAAGAGUGGACAGUGUUAUUGAUACAGCUCUUCCAGACAAUAAUCUGGAGUGAGUUUAUCUAAUAUGCUUCUAAAUUGGCCAAAGUGGACAACCAUUAAGAAUUUCUUUUUUUUUAAAUACCACAUUGAUUCUGUUCUGCAUUUUACUGUGCAAUAAACAGAUUAUUUAUUUGUUUGUUGAAAUGA